CAUCUUUUGUGUCUGAUCCGAAAACCAGAAAACGGAUUCAAACUGUAUCUACCGUCGGAUUGCUGUGCAUCGGUGAAUACCAGAGAACAUUCAUCGACGGCAGCCCACUACAAUCCUUUCGGCCACAAGUUGGAUUUCAAAAACGGCUGUGCCGAUUCCGGCCCGGCUGGUCUUGGUGGUGGAGGUGGUGGUGUGGCAAUUGUAUCUGGUGGCGGCGGCACAGUUCCGACCAGCGCUGGCAGUGCGACCUCUUCCGGGGCCCAUUCAUCGUCCCUCGGACUCGGUAGCCCAUCCAGUCCGGAUUCGCAACAGUUCAACAUCUUCCCUGCCAUCUUCAGCCGUCAAUUGAACUUCACCGGAAGCACUUGCGGUGGUGCUGCCACGGGCCAAGGCAAACUCAUGGACGACCUCAGGCCUAAUCUUGUUGGGGGUCUACUCGGUCUCCAACAAGGUCUACUCGAUGAUCACACACUUUCUCACGGGAACCUCCAGCACAAUACCCAGGACACCAAGUUCAUGUCCCUGCAAGACAAUAGACUCAUGGGCAUCGGAACGCACGAAAACCGGUUGCUAGGAAUAUCGCAGGAAAACCGAGCCCCCAGCGGACCAGGAGCGGCGGACAAACCCAUCCAGCGGAAGUGUAGCAGCACGCCGGAAGAUUUUAAUGCCCUAUACGGUGGAUUAGGGGGGACACCCAUCAGUGAUCAUCACCAUCAUCAUACACCCGCUCAUACCCCGCCGAACCGAUUAUCCGACAACGUGUCGGUGACAGCUCAUUGGUCUCAACCAUUGGCCUUCCUAAAUCCGUACAUUCUUCCAGCGGAAGGUGCUUUCAAAAAACUAAAACCCGAACCAAACAGCGGACUGACGUCGUCGGGGACGGGCGGGCUCUCGUCGCCCGGAAGUGGCCUAUCGUCCCUGCCUCACCAUGCUGGCCACACGCCCACCACAGCAUCCUGUCCGACGCCGGCGCGGCGGAGGCACCGGACCACCUUUACUCAGGAACAAUUAGCAGAACUCGAAGCGGCCUUUGCGAAAUCCCACUACCCCGAUAUCUACUGUAGGGAGGAAUUAGCACGAACAACCAAACUAAACGAAGCAAGGAUACAGGUCUGGUUUCAGAACCGCCGGGCCAAAUAUCGCAAGCAAGAAAAGCAAUUACAGAAAGCGCUCGCCCCUUCGGUUAUUCCGUCCUGCAACGGCAUGAUGCGGAACAUCCAGGGCUACAGCGUGUCCCGAGGUUAUCAACCGUAUCCCCAUCCAAACUCAAUCAAUCGAUAUCCGCAGGACCUCUUCCAGAUGGGCGCCUCGUCCUACCCCGGCAUGACGCAACCCUUCUCGAUGACGCACGGUUCCAACAUGAGCUCGGUGGGCGUCCGCCAGGAUUCGAUGGGAAUGUCGGCCGAGGACGAAUGGUACAACAAAAGUCUGUCCGCGCUCCGGAUGAACAGCUCCCACCAUCCGAACCUGUCCGCGCCGAUGCUGCAGUACCAGACAUAAUUAAUGUAGGAUCAACUUUAGGAUAACUUUUCAUCCCCGCAGUUGCCAUAUUGAUGGGAUUCCUAGAAACUCAAACCAACAAUAAGAAAAUGAAGAUGAGGAAAAAAAUACUAAGCUUUUUAACAAAUUGAUCGAUAGCGAUGGAUGAUGAUGAUGAUGAUGAUGUUUAUAAUCGGUGGAUAUCAAAAUUUUGCAAAAGAGGAAAAUCGUUUCAGUUUUAAUAAGUAAUGAGCAUGCUUUCGAGUGUAACGUAACGAAAAAAAACACAAAUAAUUACGUGAUUAUUGUGUCACCUGCAAUGCUCAAGCACACUAAAAAAAAGGGUGCAAUUUCAUUAGCCAUUUGACGCGAAAAUCGUUAAUUAAACGUCAGCGAGCAGAUAAAAUAACUUCGUGAAUGAUUUGCUUACUAAGGCUAAGCUAGCGUUUUUUUUUACAUUUUGGUUGUGCUUCAAUAAUCGGGAAUCCGUUCCAAAAUUACUAGAAAUCCGUAUGGCAUUGCAUGAGAAAAUAAUAUGGGGGUAAACAACUAUUAACAACUAAUAACCAUUUAGAAUAAAUAGACAACUGUAAAUAAUAGAUAAGAGCCAGAUAAAAUUACAAACAGUACGUAUUGACGAAGCAGUUCAGCAAACAUCACAAUGAUUUGCUUUGUUCGUAAGGCAAAGCUCAUAGCAAACAAAUCAAAUGUAUUUAAAUUCAUGCAAAAAAGAAUGAUACUAUAAUAAUUCUUGAAAAAAUAAAAACGAGGAAAAACACACAAGUAUAGACGAAAACCAAACUUUAAUUAAAUGAAUGUAGCAUGUAAGAUACUGUAACUUAAACCAAAAAAAAAACAACACAAAGAAACUAAAGAAGAAAAAAACAAACUCUUAACUAUACUGUAAUGCAACCAUAAGCAGCAACAAAAAAUACUAUAAAUUUCGAAAUAAAAUCGUAGCUAAUUUAUUUAAUUUCACGAUUCGCAGAAAUACAUUAAGUGUUCGAAAGGACGCAACCUAUAUAGAUGAUAAUAUAGUGUUCCGAGAGUAUGCAGACAAAACUAAAGUUGAUCCUAUAACAAACAAACAAACAAACAAACAAACAAAAGAUAAACCCAAAAAAUGCAUACUUACAGCAGAAGCUCUAUAUAUAUUAUAUACAUUUCUAGUCAACGGAAUUGGUGGAGACGCAAAACCAAAGCAUUGAUUGUACUUGUAAAUAUAGAUCAAGGAC